UACCGGAAGUAGUAUUCGUGUUUACACUCCCAAAAUAGCGAGUGAAGUAAUCUUCGUAGCAUCGGUAUAAGAUUUGUGCAUUGUGUGUUCACAUCGUUUGUAAACGUAUAUUGCAUUCCUGAUACGAACAUGGAGUCUAGUGAUACAGGGAGAGGAGGAUGGAAAAACAAGAAUACACAGCCACAGAAACAGAAGAUGAACUUGAACAUUAUACGCCAAGAGCAAUUGAUAGCUGAGAAAAAGAAGGAAAUUGAGGCCAAAUUGGCCGAGCAAGCCAAAAUUAAUGCACAAACCCCCAACGAAUGUCUGCCUGCAAGUUCUCCUACUAUGCAAGGACCCACCUCCAACAAGUUUGUAAAUGAUGGAAGCUUCUUACAACAGUUCAUGAUGAUGCAGAAGCAGAAACCGAACAGUGUGUCUGGUUCCCCCAUUGACAACAAAAGUCAGUCAUCUUCCCCGGGUGGAAACGCAUUCCAAAGAAAAAACAUCUUCGCUGGCAAGCGCCCUGGCGUUGGCAGCAUGCUUAGCCAGUUUAGGAGCUAUUCGCAGUCCAAGAAGAGUCCAGUUCUCAGCCAGAGGCCAAGUGUGUUUUGCUCCCCAGAUGACGAUGAUGAGGAGGAAGAGAUUGAUGUCUCCGAAUUCUUAAAUAUGAAAGUUUCUCCCCCAGAGGACCCAGACACCAGACUGAUUAUCAACAAGUUGGCCUCUUUUGUGGCGGAGGGGGGACCUGAGCUGGAGAGGAGGGCCAAAGAAGAUUACAAGGACGAUCCUGUUUUCUCAUUUUUGUAUGAUAGAAACUGUAUGGAAUAUCUCUACUACAAAAAGAGGGUUGCUGAAUUAAGAAAGAAUGCUCCAACGCCUUCCAAAACGUCAGAUAAUGUCUCCCCCCCAGUGGACGCGGAAACCCAGCAAGUGGCCGAGAAGCUGGCCAGGUUUGUGGCUGAGGGUGGCCCAGAGGUGGAAAACAUCGCCAUCGAGCGUAACCGUGAUAACCCCACCUUCAGUUUUUUAUUUGAUCUCAAAAACCCGGCCAACCGUUACUACAAAGAGAAGCUCCGAGAGUAUCGUGCUGCAGCUUCCCAGAAUUCUUCACCUCCAGCAGCAGAGUCCAGGGCAGAGCCGCAGAGACCAGCUGCUCCUCCCCGACCCCAGAUUGCGUUCUCUCCGGCAUCUCAGCCGCACACUCAGGUGGAAGAUACGCCGCCUGUAAAACGCAAGAGGAAGAGUCGAUGGGGGUCCGAAGAUGACAAAGUGGAGCUUCCCAUUCCACCCAUCGUUGUCUCCCAGGAAACCGGUGUUCCAGACCCCAACAUGCCAUCUCUCUCUGCUCAAGAUCUUCAAGGUCUUGGUUAUAAGAAAGGGAAGCCCGCUGGUCUCGUCGGUGUCACAGAACUGUCGGAAGACCAGAAGAGGCAGCUAAAAGAGCAACAAGAGAUGCAAGAGAUGUAUGACAUGAUCAUGAAACACAAGCGCGCAAUGGCCGAGAUGCAGCUGAUGUGGGACAAGGCCAUAAAAGACCACCAACACGAGUACGACAGUGACGAAGAGGUGGACCAGGAGGCCGGCACCUGGGAGCAUCGUCUCCGGAAAAUGGAAAUGGAGAAGACACGAGAGUGGGCAGAAUCUCUGACAGACAUGGGCAAAGGGAAACACUUCAUUGGAGACUUCCUCCCUCCUGAGGAGCUGGAGAAGUUUAUGGAAACUUUUAAAGCACUCAAGGAGGGGCGGGACCCAGAUUACUCUGAAUACAAAGAGUUUAAAUUGACAGUCGAGAACCUGGGUUUCCGCAUGCUGAUGAAGAUGGGCUGGAAGGAAGGUGAAGGCCUUGGCAGUGAAGGACAAGGCAUCAAGGCUCCUGUCAACAAGGGAACGACAGCGAUGAAUGGAGCAGGGUUUGGUGUUGACCGUCCAGCCGACCUCGCAAAAAGCGAUGAUGAGUAUGAUGCCUUCAGAAAGAGGAUGAUGCUUGCCUACCGAUUUAGGCCUAAUCCAUUGAAUAAUCCACGGAGACCAUACUACUGACUGGAAACAGCUGCAUACGCAAAUGGAAGAAAGAUGAAAACUCAACUCGCUUGUAAAAUGUGACAUCAUUGCACAAUGGAAAUAUCUGACAGUGCGUGUGUGCGUGAACAGAAUAACAAGGGUGACUACCUGCUAGAUUCCCCCUAAAUGUUAGGUUUUGUUCAGGUUUGAAUAUUCCGACUGCAUCUGUCUCACAAUCAAUUACUGUUCUGUGUUUCACCGGAAAUAAUUAAAGAUGCCCUGUACACUUA